AGGUUCUUCUGGCAGGAGGCUGACUGACUGCAGACACAGCAAGGUGACAGAAAAUAAAGGGUAAUAUUUAAAUGCUUUGAUUAUUUCAAUCUCUGAACUAUUAUAUAUCUAACAACCUGUCGUCAGUUGUUUUUCAGGAACUACCCUCUUCUGUUUGCAAUCAUUAAUAUAUCCGGACUCGAAGAGCUUUUUUUGUUUCAGGUUGAUGGAAAACUACACAUUCAACAGCUUCACCCUCCAGCUGGAAGGGUUAAAGUGUUCAUCGACACCAGCCUCCACCAGCCUAUGUAUCUACUAUUUUGCAACCUGCCGCUCAAUGACGUUAUUGGGAACUCCGUCACUGUGCCCCGUUUGCUGAUAGACUUGUUGCGGCCUCCCUCCGAGCGCCUCAUCGGUUAUUACGAGUGUGUGAUUCAAGCUUUCAGCACGCACAUGUUCGGCACCACUUCCCACACUGUGCUCAUGAUUAUGGCCUUUGACAGAUUUGUGGCCAUUUGCAAUCCCCUGCGCUAUUCUUCCAUAAUGACCAACAAAAUGGUGAUCAAGCUGACAGUUUCUGCCUGGGGAGUGGCAUUUGUUUUGGUCGGUAUUCUACUCGGUCUGACCAUACGGCUGAACCGAUGCAGGACUAUGAUCAUGAACCCCUUCUGUGACAAUGCCUCCUUGUUUAAGCUCUCCUGUGAGAAUGUGUUCAUUAAUAAUGUCUAUGGUCUCACUUUCACUGUAGUCUUGCUCACCUCCUCUAUAGGCAGCAUGGUUCUCACCUAUACUAAGAUAACAGUGGUCUGUCUGACCAGUAAGAACAAGUCUUUAAACAGUAAAGCCUUGAAGACCUGCAGCACUCACCUCUUUGUAUAUAUUAUUAUGUUCUUCUGUGGAAUGCUCAUCGUCAUCCUGCAUCGCUUCCCUCAGCACUCUGACUACAGGAAACUGUCUGCCAUUUUGUUUCACAUCAUCCCCGGCAGCCUCAACCCCAUUAUUUAUGGGAUUCAGUCCAAAGAGAUACGAAAAUUCAUGUCAAAGCUGUUCCAACCCAAAAAGGUUUCACAAUAAAUUUUAAAUAAUUAUUAUUAUUUUAAAACACAAUUUAGCAGAAACUUCUUUAUCCUGGUUUUUGAAAAAUGAAUUUUUGAAGUAAUAAUAAGUUAUUUUGAAUGCAGUAUUUUAAGUAUUGUUGAUAUAAUUACAGUUGAAAAGUUGAUUUUAUUUCAUUACAAAUGACAUUUUUAUCAGCUGUUUUGACAGUUAUUGUAAUAAUUUACUUAAGUAGAAGAAAAUGAAACUGAAUUCAGUUUAAGUGAGAACAUUUGUAUGAAGAAAAUGCAUUAAAGGACCUUUAUUCAGAUAAAUAACAUAUUUUAAAUAAAUUUGGAGAAAUGCUGCAUGUGAGUGUAAUAUACUCACUAUUUCAAUUAACUGAAUGAAAUCUGUAUCAUUUAGUCAGUCAAUAUUGUGAAAAUAUCUAACAAAUUGACAUUUUUAUUUCAUUUUAUACAAUCUUUGUUGUUCAAUCCUGUGCAGAUAUCCAGCUGUCCGGUGUUUUGCUUAUUUUAUUUUUGAUUAAUAUUAAUUGUUAUCAUCCUGGUUUGGUCCGUCACUCUCACCUGUAACCAUCCUGUGCUUUCAUCCUAUUUUUUCUGUUGCUGCUAUGACAUCUGGAUUAAUAAAGGUUUAUCUGGCCUGAA